CUUCCGGAGAUAGAAAGCUCAAGUUCUGGGUACUCAUUUCUUUCACCAAUGGCCCGGAAAGGGAUCUCGCUCUCCAGGAAGUUUCAUUUCCAGGGGUGUCCUCUGGAGCCCAGGCCGUGCUCCACGGUGACUUCUUGAACCAUCCAGGUUGCCCUACCCCAUGCCUUGGGGCGCGGUCGGAGCUGGGGACAUGGGCCGGGGACACCCGCACGCUCUCCUCCUGCUGGUGCUGGUGCAGACCGUGGUCCCGCGGGGACCGCAGCCACGGUCCCACUCACUACAGUACUUCUUCAUGGGUGUCUCAGAGCUUGACCUUGGGCUGCCCUUGUUUGGAGCUUUGGGCUAUGUGGAUGACCAGCUGUUCGUGUCUUAUAAUCAUGAGAGUCGCCGUGCUGAACCCCGGGCCUCAUGGGUCUUGGGUAGAACAUCCAGCCAGUUGUGGCUUGAGCUGAGUCAGAGCCUGAAAGGAUGGGAUCACAUGUUCACUGUUGACUUCUGGACCAUAAUAGACAACCACAACCACAGCAAGGAGUCCCACACCCUACAGGUGAUACUGGGCUGUGAGGUGCAUGAGGACAAUAGCACCAGUGGGUUCUGGAAGUAUGGGUACGAUGGGCAAGACUACCUGGAAUUCUGCCCUAAGACACUGGACUGGAAAGAAGCAGAGCCCAGGGCCAGGAUCACCAAGACAGAGUGGGAAGCACAUGCGAUUCGGACCAAACAGAACAAAGCCUACCUGGAGAGGGACUGCCCAAUGCAACUCCAGCAGCUCCUGGAGCUAGGAAGAGGGGUGCUGGACCAGCAAGUGCCUCCUUUGGUGAAGGUGACUCAUCAUGUGGCCUCGGCAGUGACCACACUACAGUGUCAAGCUUUGAACUUCCACCCCCAGAACAUCACCAUGAGAUGGUUGAAGGACAGCCAGCCACUAGAUGCCAAAGAUGGCAAACCUCAGGAUGUAUUGCCAAAUGGAGAUGGGACUUACCGGGGCUAUGUGACUGUGACUGUGGCCCCUGGGGAAGAGCAACACUACACCUGCCAGGUGGAACACCCAGGCCUGGAUCAACCCCUCAUUGUCACCUGGAAGCCUUCACCAUCUAGUGGCUUGAUCAUUGGAGUUAUCAGUGGGAUCACUGCUUGUGUCAUCAUCUUCAUUAUUGGAAUUUUGUUCCAAACCUUAAAGAGGAGGCAGGCUUCAAGAGGAGCCACAAUGGACUAUGUCUUAGCUGAAUGUGAGUGAAAUGAAGCUUGCAGACCUGUUGGAGAGAAGAGACACAACCAGAAACUCAAAGAAGGGGCCCUGCUUUGCAGUUUCACAUGUUUCAAGAUGAAGUUGGAUCAAACAAGCAGAAACUUCACAAAUAAUUAUCUGCUUUUAGCUUUCCCUUUCAAAAGUUUUCUCAUAUAGAUCGUUGAUUUUCUGCAUGACAGUGACCCAUCCCCUUCAUUUCUUUCAUCAGUAUAGACCAUACACAUGUAUGUCAUCUCAUUUGCAAUCUCCCUAAGAGAGUUCCCUCAAUUUGAGGGAAUGUAUAAUUUGUUUUAACAUCUCAAGAAAGCUAGGAGCUUUUGCCUUGAGCCACUGGCACUUACAUCUUUGGCCAGAAUUUUACACACACAUCUGGCAUCGAGGGCCCACCUGUUUUCAUGUCUCUCCCCUCCCCCACUAGCUAGUCACUUAUCUGUCUCUGGACCUUGAGCUCUCUUCCAUGAGAGCACAGUCGCUUUCAUUGUGCAACUGUGAAUGAAGCCUGUGCAGUGCACAACCCAAGAAGACACCUUUUUUGGAAAAUUUCAGAUGUAUUUGUGUACACUUUUCAGCAGGUGGGAAGGAAGUCUCUUAAACGGGGUUUAAAGAAAAGAGAUGUUUUUCUAAUUUGCACAAAGAAGUCUAUGGAUUUUCAAAUAUUAAUUGUGCCUGUGUUUCUGGUUCAUCUCUAAUACCCUAGAUUUGAAGUUCUUUCUUGUUUUGAUCAUGAAAAGGAUGGUCAUAAUAUUCAUAAUGUGGCUUAUACUUAUUUUCUAUAAAUGCUUAUUGUUAUCAUCUGUCCUGAGCAUACAUUUACAUUUAUUAUUGCAUGCAAGAUUUAUAAUUUUUAUGAAACAGGU